GCGCCACCCGGAAGUCAGACUCUGCAGCGUCCGUGUGGCGAAAGCCGGGCGCUUUUACGGCUGCUGAGCGUCCGGUCUGGAACAGCGUAGAGACGGAGCUGGGGUGCUUCUUGUCUUCUCCCUGAGCCUUCGGAGUACCAGGCCGCGCUGCUGGGGGGGCGACCGCGCACAGAGUGUACUUCGCCACUCCUCAUUCCCUCUGCCCCACCCCACGUUUGGGUGACCGCUAGGGUACACGGCCUGGGGUCUUUGAAAGACCUUUGUUCUCCCCUAAGAACGGCGUCCCCUAAAGUGGCCCACCUUGGGAACCCCCAGAGUGGGCAGUGGUUGUGGCUAACUGCCUUCCCGGUUGCGUGCUCUGCAUAGAGUGGAAAGGGCUGAGAUUUGAAGUCAGAGAACUUUAGUUCUAGUCCCCAUGUUGCUCUUAGGUGGCAGCUUUCCAAGACCUCUAAGCCUCGAAAAAUUGUGAAAUGACCGUAGCUCUCCUGCAGGUGUUCCCCCCUGCAGGCUUCCGUAGUAUUAUUUAUAUUCUUACAGCGGCCAGUCACCUGUUUUGUGCCUUUCUUUUCUCUAAGUCGCCUUGGAAGACUGGAAUCUGUCCCCAUCGUUCACAGGCUCUGUGACCUGGGUAGCAGGAAGCUUAAUUACGGCUGGCUGGUAUAACCUAAAUUUUCUGGAUUCUGGUGUGAGAGCUGCUUAUAGACCUUGCUGCUGUCACAAAGCUCUUGAGCAGUAAACAAUGAAACAACUUUAGAUUAGACAAAGGGUGGGCUCUUCUUGGUUACAUAAAUGUCGUUUUACUUUGAUCCUUUUCUUUUGUUCUAGCAGGAAGCCUUACCAGUACAGAUAGCAAAGUUUAUGAUCAUCUAGGUCUAAAUAGCAAAGGAACACACAGCUCUCUGAUCCUUACCCAGUUAGAGUUACCACUUAACACUCAUGAGUUACUCUGCUUUGUGCUUUAUAGGUAAUAUCACAUUUAAUCUUGUAAUCCUAUAAAUUAGUUAGUAUUGUCAGAUGGGGAAACCAAAUCACCUGGUUAAGUAACUUGCCUGCUAACAAGGCCCAGGUUUCAGUUCAAGUCCUUUUGAUUUCGGAUACUUAACUAUCCUGUGAUUAAGUUUCCAUUUACCCUCUAAAUCAGGACAAUUUGCUUUUUUCACCUUUUGGGACAGUGGCCCUCACUAGGAAUGACUUAAUGAGAGCUGUUGGCAUACAGUACAACCUUCUAAAGUACAUUUUCUCACCACAUACACCUCCCCCCCCCCCCAUAACUUUAUUCUCCUUGCUUUUGUGGUACCAGGGUCUUUACAUUCAUUAACUCUGCCGUGAUAUACUUACUUCCAUAUACUCUUCUAGUAUGCUCAAAUUAUGCUCAAAUCAUGCUAAUGAAAGCACGUGUGUGAGUAAGAAGUCUAAAUGAAAAACAGCUUUGAAGAAAGAUUCAGGAGGAGUUGAAGAGAUAGAAAGAGCAAAUAGGUAUCAGGUGGACAUUAGACCUCUGUAGAUGGGUAGAUCUCCUGUCCUCCUUUAAUUAGGGAAAUAGGCAGCAGCUCCCAUCAGAAUCUGAAAUAAAUGGAGAAGCUUGGAAUGGACCUAAACUAACUUGAUCAGGAAAAAGAAGGGUGGAUGAAGGUGGAAGGCAAAACAAGGAGACAAAGCUCACUGGGAUUUGUGCUGUGCCUGGGUGCUGGGUGAGCAGAUGGAACGCUUUGUCCGCGUUCCCUGUGGCUUGUACCAGGGCUAUGGGAAUACGAUGCCUUUGGGCCAGCCAGGACUCUAUGAACACAAACAGCCUGACUGGAGGCGAAACACUGGUCCCCCCACUUUCCUGGCCAGGCCUGGGUUGCUGGUGCCCGCAAAUGCCUCUGACUACUGUAUGGACCCUUACAAGAGGGCGCAGCUUAAGGCCAUUCUCUCCCAGAUGAACCCCAGCCUGAGCCUGCGGCUUUGCAAGGCCAACACCAAGGAGGUGGGGGUGCAGGUGAGUCCGCGGGUGGACAAGUCUGUGCAGUGCUCGCUGGGUUCUCGCACCUUGCGCAGCUGCUCCCCUUGGAGCAGCUCAGGUCACAAGGUACCCCUGCCGGCCUGGGGAGUCUAUUCACCAGUGAUAGGUCGCAGGGGCUUGAUCCAGCUGCGAAAGGAGGGGGAAGACCAGGAGAGGAAGGCACUUUUGGGUCCUGCGGAGGCCAGCCAGCAGCAGCAGCAGCAGUCACCACCAACGCCAAGGUCUGAAGAGGACAAACAGGAGGAGCUUUGCCAGCAUGGGUUGGGGGAGGAAGGUACCCCAAGCCCUCAGGAAGGGAAGAGCAAGCAGACACAGGGAGUCGGUGGAGCAGAUCUGCUCCGGAAACCCAACUUCCAGUUUUUGGAACCAAAAUAUGGCUAUUUUCACUGUAAAGAUUGUAAGACCAGAUGGGAGAGUGCUUAUGUGUGGUGCAUUUCUGGAACUAAUAAGGUUUAUUUCAAACAACUGUGUUGCAAAUGCCAAAAGAGUUUUAACCCUUACCGAGUAGAAGCAAUCCAAUGUCAGACCUGUUCAAAGUCUCGUUGUUCCUGUCCUCAAAAGAAAAGACACAUUGAUCUAAGGAGGCCGCAUCGACAGGAACUGUGUGGUCGCUGCAAAGACAAGAGAUUCUCCUGUGGCAAUACUUACAGCUUUAAAUACAUCAUGUGACAGGCAGUAUGACUUGUACAGGACACCCAAACUUUCCUUGUAACUUACGGUACUGUUCCUUUUUUGCAACUUAGCUCUGACCUGGUAUUGGAAAACGGACUAGGCUUUUGUACUUUUUGUAGGUUGCUUAACAAUUGUACAGUGUGAGUAGAAUAAAAUAAAUGCAUGUAAAAUAGA